UUCCUCUCUUUCUGUCUGUGUCCCAGCCAGGAGCCAUAUCUCCAUUUGCAACCAUUGGAUACUCCUACAGAAGAUACUUUUAUUGAAAUCCUUUUUUAAUUUGUUGAUACUAAUCCUUUUCCAAGCACCAAAGUUUUCGGCAGGUGUUGGUACUCUGUGGGUGUCAGGAUGCAACAGUUGGCGUGGAAGAUCAUCUGCUCCUCACUGCUGCUUCUAGCAGUUGUGCCCUUUGUGUACUCACAGUCAGAUUGUUCUCAAGCUGAGUCAUGUGACCUGUGCGUUGGCAACUCCAUGCUGAACCUGACAGGCUGUGUUUGGAGGCUUUGUCCAACUGGUAAUGACACAGGCAUGUGUGUGACUGAUGGGGGCGACUCGGCAGACAACGGCAUGAACUGUAGUUGGACGAGAGUGUCUGAACUUUGCUCAGUUGUAGAGACUGUAGCUGCAGGAGGAGGUGAAAGUGACUCAGGUGAUGGAAGCAGCACCAACACAUCCCCAGAGUUCUCCCAAGCCAAGUUUGACAUGUCCAGUUUCAUUGGGGGCAUCAUCCUGGUGCUGUGCGUGCAGGCAGGCGGCUUCUUCGCCAUGCGCUUCCUCAAAUCCAAAGAGCAGAGCAGCUACGACCCCAUAGAGCAGCCUCAGUGAAGAUGAGAUGUGUGAAGGACAAACAGGCGAGAGUGGAGGACAGCAGAGCAGUGACUCAUCAAGUUCUGAUGACGAGAGUGUCUUUUUUUUUUUUUUUUGAGCCCCUGUCAUUUUUGGUUUGGUCCCCAUGUGUACCCCUGGGGGAUGGGUGUGUUUGUAAGAGGACAUUUUUCUUAGAAUACUGUGUUGUGUAACGAGUGUCUGCAUGUGUUCACUGUGUUUAUGUUCCAGAGAUAUUUUGGCUGUUGGUAUUCAUGCAAUCUGACAAACACCAAAGCUCUGAUUGUCUCAGCACUUUCAGUGAUUCUUCUUUGUGAUUAAACCCACCAUAAAUUGUCACCAAUACUGCAUGUUAAGUGUUUGUCCUCUUACAAACAACAAGCAACCGGCUGUAUCAAAUGAGCUGAUUCCACUGUGUAAAUAGUACACUGUGGUUGUGAGAAAGAGUGAUAUAAUCCUAAUGUAGACAGAAGGUCAGACAAGGUCAUAGCAGGCAUUUAAACUUUUUUCAAGAACCCUAAUAUAAAACUAAAUGAGACUGAAUGAUUUUGCCCAUUAUCUCAGCGGAUGUCUGUGUUUCACAGUGUUUUCACUGUAACCCAAAUCAAAUAUUUAUGUGUGUUAUAUCUUUCAUGUAUUUGCAGUGAUUUAUGGGAGCUUUAGCUGGGGACUCUAAGGAGCCAUUUCAACAUCUCCUUUGGGAAGAGAAGAUUACACUUUAUUAUCUAAGCAAUUGUACCAGUAAUUUAAACUUAAUGACUUUCUACAGUAUGACUUCAGAACCACUCACCUGAAAUGUGUGCAUGGAUGGAUUCAUGAAUGGGUCAAAUGGGCACAGGCCUAGGGGCUCAAAGUAUCGGGGUUCCCCCUGUCUUUCACAUGCAAAAUGUCUCACAAAUUAACACAUGCCGACCAGGAGGAGACUCAAAAUGACCACAAAGAGAUGCAAAAUAGUUGCAAAGAAACACAAAGACUCACAACAACUAUGAAGAGGGGCAAAGCAACCACAAAGAGACAAAAAAUGACAAUAAAGACAUCCAAAACAAUGACUAAGUGACAAAAUGACCAUAAGACUCAUAAAACACCUACAAAGAGAUGUAAAACAGCUGCAAAGAGACACAGAUACUCACAACAACUACAAAAGGGGCAAA